AUGCCCCGGGAAGCCUUGUCGGCCCUGCCUCGUGCACCGGCCGAACCUCCACCGCCGGUUCCGCAGCUUCCCGCCGCCUCCAGCUCUGCCCCGCACCGAGUCCGCGUCGCCGGAGCGUCGCCUGCCGCCAUCGACCCGAAACCCCCGAUCCAGUCAGCUAGUCGAUCUCUCUCCAGACACGGGUCGCCGCCGCGCGUCGCCGAGGCCAUCUCCAGACUCGGGUCGCCGCCGUCGCCCCCGAGGCCAUCUCCGCCGCCGCCCCCGAAGCCAUCUCCGCCGCCGCCGCCGACCAUCUCUGCCGCCGCCCCCGAGGCCAUCUCCGCCGUCGCCCUCUGCCGCUGGACGCCGGGAGCUCUCCAAGCAGCUCUUCUACACCCGCCUCGCCAGAAACAUGGAAGAGCAACAAGGGGACCAUCAGACAUACCGAAGUGGCAGUUCAUCGUUGAUAUCCGGUGCAACAAUGAGAAGGGCUCGACCACCUCCAGGAUUGUCUCCGUCUUCGAUAAACAUUUGCAAACUUAUCAUGCAGGGCGUUCACAUGACACUCCUAUGGUUGAUUUUGAGGAAGAUGAGGCCGAUGAAGAAGAUAUUGACUAUGAAGAAGAAGAGGAAGGAGAAGAAUAUGAGGAAGAAGAAGAAGAAGAAGAAGAGGAGGAAGAUGAAGAGGAAGGAGUUGAGAUCAUUGACAUGGGAUCAUUUUCUGAACCAGGAAGAAAGUUUUUGUCUAAAGCGUGGAAAGAAUAUGAGCCUAUUCGUGUUGAUGGCAUAGUUGUAGCUGUUGAGUGUAAACAUUGUGCAAGGAAUAUUUGUGCUGAGCGUAAACAUGGAACAAGUUCAUUGCGCAAAGGAAGAAGGUUCUUAGAGUUUCUCGGCAGCUGA